GAAUCACCGAGCCCUUUAAAUUCAGCCUACGUGCAAAGAUGGCAGCGCAAGUAGACUUGCCCCGGGCCAAAGUGGAAAAAGAAAAGAUGAGGGACAGUCUAGAUAGAUUAAUUAGAGAGAAGAAAAAGAAGAAGAAAAGGGACAUGUCGCCGUCGGCUGACAAACGGGAGAAGUACGCGAAAGAAGAGAAGCAAGUGAAGCUCCAUCACCACCAUCUUCUCCACCACCACCACGGUGAGCACCGGACCUACCAGCUGCAGCAGAACCCGAAACCCCGCAAGUUCAGCGCGGAUAAGCAUGUCCCGCAAAGCCGACACCACCAGCGCCAUCCCUGUCACAUCCGCGGUCUCACCAAUGGCACAAAAAACCUGCAGCCGACUGUGCCUCCUCCUCCUCCUCCACCUCCUGCUCUGGUACCAGAGCUGCUGCAGAAGAAGAAGAAGAGGAAGCAAACGGUGCUUCCCGAGCCACCUGCGCUCUUCACCUUCACGCCUCUCAGAGCGGCCGAGCAGAGGGACGAAGACCUGACACGGAAGCUCAAGAAGGAAAAUACCGAAGCCAAUGUGAAAUGCAUCCAACUGAAGAACAAAAAGGAGCCAAGGCCCCACAACGAGAAUGUCAAGUCCCUAACACUGGAGGAAUACCUCCUGAAGAAGAGAAAGAAGAAGAAGAAGAAGCACCACGAGGACGAGCACAAUGCCAAAAAGGUCCGAUACGUGCACAACAAAGCUGUGCAGACUGUGUGUGCAGGGCUCGGGACGGAUCUCACUCUGCCCGUGCGCCCUGAUCCGCAUCGACCCGGCACCGUGAAGCAGGGAAGCGACCGAGCUGCGGACAACCACCAUCCCGGCCGCAGACAAGCUCUCAAGCUCGGGCGCGUUCCCUUCCUCUCGCACCAAGACCACCACAUCCGCAGCACCUGCCUGCAGACGGGCACCUGGUGCGGACGCUUCAUGCACGAGGAAAGGCAAGCCAAUGGCGGGGGAUCGGUACUGCACGCGUACGCUGAUGAGAUCGCGGGUCUCGGCCCGGCUGAGAUGGAGUGCUUCUCGCAGGAGUUUCUGGAGUUGGCCUUUGCAGAGACACCCAGAGGUGCAGCCUCGUACGCCUUGGCGGUGGUGCACGGGGCAGCCGCCUUCCUACCGGACUUCCUGGACUACUUCGCCUUCAACUUCCCCAACACACCAGUCAAGAUGGAGAUACUGGGCAAGAAAGACAUCGAGACCACGACUAUUGCCAAUUUUCACUCUCAGGUGAGCCGGACGUACUGUUCUGGGACGUACCGGUCUGGACCCAUGAGGCAGAUCAGCUUGGUGGGAGCUGUGGAUGAGGAAGUCGGCGACUAUUUCCCGGAGUUCCUCGACAUGCUGGAGCAGUCACCCUUUCUCAAGAUGACCCUGCCGUGGGGAAGCCUCUCCAGUCUGAAGCUGGACUGUCGCUCUCAAAGCGACGACGGGCCCAUCAUGUGGGUGCGACCGGGAGAACAAAUGGUGCCCACUGCCGACAUGCCCAAGUCCCCAUUCAAAAGACGCAGGUCCAUGAAUGAGAUCAAAAAUCUACAUUACCUGCCGAGGGCCACUGAACCCAGAGAGGUUCUGUUCGAGGACCGAACCAAGGCCCACGCUGACCACGUGGGCCAGAGCUUUGACUGGCAGAGCACUGCUGCUGUGGGGGUCCUAAAGGCUGUCCACUUUGGAGAAUGGAAUGACCAGCCUCGAAUAACCAAAGACGUAGUGUGUUUCCAGGCCGGGGACUUCAAUGAAGUCGUCCACAGGCUGCAGCUGGAUCUGUACGAGCCCCCCGUGUCUCAGUGCGUCCAAUGGAUAGACGAUGCCAAGCUCAACCAGCUGAGGAGGGAGGGCGUCCGCUACGUCCGUGUCCAGCUCUGCGACGACGACAUCUACUUCAUCCCGAGGAAUGUCAUCCACCAGUUUAAGACCGUGUCUGCGGUCUGCAGCCUGGCCUGGCACAUCCGCCUCAAACAGUACCACCCAGGGGAGAAGGACAAAGAGGAGCAGCAGCGGCCCAGUGACCUCAGCUCUAACUUGGGCCGGUUCUCUUUCUCCCCCCCGGCCAGGCACGACGCCACCGUGACCCCCUGUGCACGCCCACAGGCAGACAACAUUCAAGGGGGCGUGGCCAAGACCGAAGAACUGGAGUUCCAGAGGCCUGCCACACCUCCCCGGGAGCCUCAGGCGGCUCCUCCCCAGCCCACCAAAUCCACCCUCCUGCCCCCAAGGUACCAGGAUCCCCACCUCUUCUCAGAAACGGCGCACCCCCGCUGCACACCUUCGAAAGGGCCCCUCCUUCAAAAAGCUCUUAGCCACACGGCAGAGUUCCUUCAAUGACUCUCUCUUUCCACUGUGGUUAGAGUGAAGCCAAAAGACGUGUAGACUGAAACUGACACCCGUGUCAAUCAGAAAGCCAUUCAGUUGUUCUUCACGCUCUUUGCUUCAUGUUUGAUAUGUUUUUAGGCCAAAGCGGUUUGAUGGGACUUUGUAACCUAUUGCACCUAACCUGGAACUCUCCACUAUCUCAUUCAAAAUGAGAUGAGUGUGUCAUGUGAAGGAACUAUUAUUAAGCGGCCACGCUUACUGUAGGACGUUGAGUCAACAUGGAACGCUCCGCUGUUCCUUGGUUGGACAGAAUUACUUCAUCGAAGAUGGAAAGUCUGUGAUGUCGAAGCAUGAUAUUGACGCGAUAGUGUUUCAUUCACUUCAGUGGCAAAGACAUACACGCUAACCUUACCCAGAAAAUAUGUGUAGUUUGAUUGAUUUGAUAAUGUCAGUUGUCUGUAAAACUGGGCCUUUGCCAUUUCAAUCAAAAGCUUGCGUCACAUUGAAUUUCCUGCAUUGGUUACAGACAGAAAAUCAAAAUGAGCAUUUUGUUACAAAUGUUUCUUUUAAAUGGAAGAAGAAACUUUUUUCUUUUGGUGUGAGAAUCAUAAUCAUCCGAUGAAUCUUUUUUCAUCUUUACAAUUAGGGGUACACUGUCCUUUCUUACUCUAAUAUGUAUUUAUUUUCUUAAAAUUGAGCUCAGCAUAUGAUCACAGUUGAAUAACCAGUGCUAAAUAUUUCAAAUUGUUAGGGUAGGGGCGUUUCUAAAUGACUCGGCAUUCUUUCUUGAGGUGUGGAGUCUGUCAUCGGAAUUUUGUAUGUAUCUUUCGUUUUAGCUGGUUGGUUUUCUGUCAAGAUCAAAUAUGUGAUGCUUUUUAUCUUAAAGUUACCUGGAAGAAACCAUUACUCAAUCAUGGUGUCGUGCUUACAAAAUCCUAUUCAGCAAACCGGUUGUUUGUGAGAAAUGUCUAUAAAUAUUUAUACGUUUUUGUAUUGAGUUCCAUGUGGAAAUUAGUUGACAGAUACAAAGCCUUUGUCUUC